AUGCUCCUGGGUGAGGCACGCCGCACGCUCGAGGCAGCGUAUGCCCCGCUGCUCCGGUACUCAGUAUAAAAAUUAAAUUACAGCGAAGGGCAGGGCGAACACCCUCGCCAAGCGCCAACAGGCAAACCUGCCGGAAAUACCUACAAUGCCAUGUCAUGGACUAUGGGAGAUCCGAUUCCGAAUAUCCUCCAUCCUCCAUGUUGGACAGACGCGCCGUGCUAGCACCAGCAACAGCACUUGCUUCUCAACAACAUCUGCAUCUCCAGCUGCAUCAUUCGAGAAGACAGCAGACAACAUCACUGGAACUCGCGAUUCGUACAAUCUUCCAAUGGUGCCAUAA